AUGGCCUUCCACGCCGAGGGUCUCGUGGCCAUCGUGAUCUUCUAUCUAAUGAUUCUGUUCGUGGGGAUCUGGGCCGCGUGGAAGAACAAGAGCUCCGGUGGAGCCGAGGGUGGAGACCGCAGCGAGAGGAUCAUGGUCGGGGGAAGGGACAUCGGAUUGUUCGUAGGUGGAUUCACAAUGACUGCCACUUGGGUGGGUGGGGGCUACAUCAAUGGGACAGCAGAGUAUGUCUACCUGCCAGGCUUCGGACUGGCAUGGGCACAGGCACCCUUUGGUUACGCUCUCAGCCUCGUAGUAGGUGGCCUUUUCUUUGCCAAGCCCAUGCGUUCCCGUGGUUACGUCACAAUGCUGGAUCCCUUCCAGCAGAUAUAUGGGAAAAGGAUGGGCGGCUUGCUCUUCAUCCCGGCACUCAUGGGGGAAAUCUUCUGGUCUGCGGCCAUUUUAUCUGCCUUGGGUGCUACUCUGAGCGUGAUCGUGGACAUAGACAUCAACAUGGCGGUGGUGAUCUCAGCCCUCAUUGCUAUCUUCUACACGCUUGUUGGAGGACUCUACUCUGUUGCAUACACAGAUGUGGUCCAGCUCUUCUGUAUCUUCAUAGGCUUGUGGAUCAGCGUGCCUUUUGCCCUGUCCCAUCCUGCCGUGUCCGACAUCACUGUCACAGCCAAGGAAGUAAUCUACCAAUCACCCUGGCUGGGGAACAUUGACCCUAAAGACAAAUGGCUCUGGGCGGACAACUUCUGUUUGCUGAUGUUGGGGGGGAUUCCCUGGCAGGUCUAUUUUCAACGGGUUCUUUCUGCCUCUUCAGCUACCUACGCUCAGGUCCUUUCCUUCAUUGCCGCCUUCGGCUGCUUGGUCAUGGCCGUCCCCUCUGUCCUCAUAGGAGCUAUAGGGGCCUCCACUGACUGGAACCAGACUUCUUAUGGAGCCCUCCCUCCGAAGGAUAUGGAUCAAUCGGACAUGAUCCUUCCCAUAGUGCUUCAGCAUCUCUGCCCGUCCUACAUUUCCUUCUUUGGUCUGGGAGCAGUGUCGGCUGCGGUCAUGUCGUCAGCAGACUCUUCCAUUCUCUCCGCCAGCUCCAUGUUCGCCAGGAACAUCUAUCAGCUCGCUUUUCGGCAAUCGGCCUCAGAUAAUGAGAUUGUUUGGGUGAUGCGCUGCACCAUCUUUGUAUUCGGUGCUCUUGCCACUGCUAUGGCCUUGCUAACAGGAUCAGUGUACGGCCUGUGGUACCUGAGCUCCGACUUGGUCUACAUCAUCAUCUUUCCCCAACUUCUCAGUGUGUUAUUUGUCAAAGGCACCAAUACCUAUGGCUCUGUGGCUGGCUAUGUCUUUGGUCUUCUGCUGCGUAUUGGUGGAGGGGAGCCCUACCUCAAACUGCCUCCGUUCAUCUACUAUCCCGGUUGGGUGACCCAGGAGAAGAUCCACCACGUCACUGGGGACGUAGAGUACUUCGUCCAGCAGAGGUUUCCCUUCAAGACAAUGUCCAUGCUGGCCUCCUUCCUGGCAAAUGUUGCCUUUUCUUACAUGACGAAGUACCUAUUCGAAAGUGGUAUGUGGUCACAUAAGUAUGACUUCCUGGAUGCCGUUGUGUCCAAGCAUAGCGACGAGAUCAUGGACAAAGACACGCUGGUGAGCAACCAUGAUAACAUAAUUCUCUCAGAGAUAACGCCCGUCAGGCAGUCCCUGGGUGCGUCACUGGCUGGGACAUUCAUCAACUCUGAGAUCCUCAGUGAUGAUGGGGCGUCCAGUCCAGAGGAAUUGGUAAUAAAAAACGACUAGGCAACAAAGGCACAAAGGAAACUAAAACCAAGGAAUUUUAAGAAGAGGGAAUAAUGUACGACGCAUCAACAUUCUUCAGGAAACUACUGCCGCACUGGAAGCCGAAUCAACAGAAAUCUGCUGUGGCUUCCGAGUGACUCCAAAAGUUUGUUUUAUGCUGAUUAAACGGUGCCUCCUUCUUUUUUAAGAUACCUUGCCUAAACCCAGAAAGUUGACUGUCAAUCAGCCGUGUCAAGCAUACCAUACUUGUUCUUUUUUUAACUCAUAACUCUGUGAAUUUACAAUCAUGAAAACCUUUUUAAUUUAAGCGCUAAGACAGUGAUCUGAGUAACUAGGGUUAAACAAAGAGUGACCGCAGUGGACGUCUACAAGAACUAGCUGUGGGCAACGAGAAUAGUGCAAUAUAGCUAACCGAGGAAUUAUGUCUACAAAGCAGUGUAUGUGCGUGUGUGUGUGUGCGCGUGUGCGUGCGC